AUGAGUGAAUUCAGUCCGUCAGAGAGCGUCCAACACUGUCCUAUGCCCCAAUCAGCCAGAGACGAUCACACUCACAGCUGGGAAAGUGCACCCGAACAAGGUUACAAACAAGCUAUUGAAGAAGAUCAGGCACAUAAUUCGGAAGUUAAACAAGACCAGAUAACUGUAGAACACGUAACACCACAUUCUUCUGCCUCACCAUCGAUUCAGCAGGAGGCGGUGAGACAGUCACACCCUGCUAGUUCCCCACCAUUGCCACCUGUUCAAUCUGGGCCACGUAGUUGGGCACAAAUGGCAUCUAAACAACCGUCUCAGCCCGUUAUGAAUGCACAAGUAUCUAAAGGCUUGAGAAGUAAUACAAAUACUUCGGAGUAUGAUACUUCAGACGACCAGCACAGAUCAGGCUUGAGACAGUCUGUGAAUCCAGAUGGCGGCCCGCAAAGGAUACGCCCUAUGGGACCACGCCAACAAGGAGAUUCACGAGGUGUCUCGGAAAUGAAUUAUGCGCAUGAUAAUCGUGGUUCUGCUAGAGGGAAUACAUCUAGAGGUUCUGGUUUCGGUGGACCUGCUCGUGGUGGAGGUAGAGGUGGCGGCGGCGGUGGACGUGGCGGUAUGGGUAAUGGACCUAUGGGUCGAGGUUCAAAUAAUAAUCCACGCAGAACAGGUUAACUAACGCCAGACUACAUGGCAUUAUACCUUCAAGCUUGGACAACACAUUUAUUAAACAAAAAUAAUAAAACGAACAAAACAGAUGUAAC